AUGUCUACAGCAACAUCUACAUUAGUAUCAUGUACUACUAAACAAAAGCCUCGUUUUGAACUCCAAGGUUUUUCGUAUAUAAAAGAUCGAUUUACUGAAAACAAAACAUAUUGGCGUUGUAUAUAUUAUAAUUUUCAAAAAUGUCAUGCUCGUCUUCAUACAUGUAAUAUUACCAAGAAUGUUAUAACUCCACCUUCUGAUCAUACAUGCAAAAGUAAUGGUAUUACAGGUGAACUUCGAAAGUUUAAUGAAGAUCUUUGGUAUCGUACAAUGAAUACACAGGAAACACCUGAUUUUAAUUAUAACACAUUGUUGUAA